AUGAACGGGUCAGGACCUGGGGUGCUCUCGGCAGCAGCGCAGGGAGCACAAGGCAUCCGUUCGAGCACUGUUCACGUCAUCGCGGCAACUGUUGGCAUUGCUCGACUUCGUGAGGAUGUGGCUGCCUACCUCGCAACAGACGCUGAGUAUCGGCUACGUGAAAUUAUCCAAGAAGCAGGCAAGUUUAUGCGGCACUCCAAGCGCAGGCGUUUAAAAACGUCAGACAUAGCAGCGGCGCUGCGACUGCGAAACCUAGAGCCUCUCUAUGGAUUCAGCUCCAACGAGUCUGCACCUUUCGUUGGUGUGACACUGCCAGGAGAAAGUUCCCUGGGUGGAAGCAACACAGUCUACUUUGUAGGUGACGAGGAAGUAGACUUGCGAGAUAUCCUUGACGGUGAACUGCCGCGUGUACCUCUCGAGACCACACUAGCGCUUCACUGGCUCGCAAUUGAGGGCAUACAGCCUAGAAUUCCACAAAACCCUGCAGAUGUUUCGAGUACGGCGCGACAGUCUUUGACCUAUAUCCUUCGAGACACCGUGCACGAUGAGCCAGGUCGAAACGCGUCGGAUACCCCAGACACCGACACUGGGAUGGUAUCUUUUCGACCCAAAGUAAGGCACGUUGUGUCGCGUGAACUGCAGCUGUAUUACGAACUGGCUAUUGAAGCAUUGACUAGGAGCGCGCAGGAAACAGAUGAAACGCUGCGGAAUGCUUGCCUUGCCUCCAUCGCGAGGGAUCCUGGCUUGCAACAACUCGUGCCCUAUUUUGUUGCCUUCCUAUUCCACCAUGUCUCGAACCAUUGUCGCGAUUUGCCACAGCUGCAGGUUUCCAUGAAGCUGGCUCGGGCGCUCCUUGAGAAUCGCUAUGUGGGACUGGAACCAUAUUUGCAUCAGCUGAUGCCCUCCAUCAUUACUUGUAUUGUGGGUCGUUAUCUGUGUCGCACUGCGGACGAGGAUCAUUGGACCUUACGGGAGAAUGCUGCCUCGCUUCUCGCAGAUGUUCACAAAAUGUACGGUGGUACCUACGAGAAUCUGUUGCCUCGUAUUGCAGAGACGCUGCGUCUUGCGUUAGUGGGUGAAGACAAAGCUCUUACUACACAGUACGGUGCUAUUGUAGCAUUUCAGGAACUAGGUCCAGCUCUGGUAGAGGCACACAUUGUGCCGCUUGCACCUAACUUGCUCGAAAGAUGGGAGCGCAAGAUCGAGCACGAGCUCGGUGAAGCGCCAAUAAAAUCAGCUGAGCUAGAGCUGGCAACGUCACCCAAGUGGUCAGAAUUACGUCGUGUAUAUGCUGCUCUGGCAAAAGCGUUAGGCGUCGGAGCAGAAACCCUUGAGGCGAAGUAUGGCAGCAAAUAUGCGCACUUCGUCAUCCCUUCGUGA